AUGACUUAACCGUACUGCCGACUCACAUUUACAUAUAAUUAAGUGAAUUAAAUUAAUAAUUUUCUUUCCCUUACAUGAUACAAAUAAAUGUAAGGAUCGUAGCCGAUUCUAGAAAGGCUCUUAUGCAUUGAAGAAACCAUGGAGAAGUUGUCACUGAAGGAGUUUUUCGCGGCGUAUAAGAGGUGGGUGAUAAGUAAUCCUAAUUUGGUUACCGACGUCGAGACAGUGGCUACAUGGUCCUCAUACUUCGUCGCCGGGAAGAUAAACAAGUCACCUAUAGUCUCCGAACUCGUGUAUUCUCUGUCUAAGCUGCUUUCUUUGUUCAACGAUAAAUUAAUACGAGAGGCGUACGGCUCGGAAGUGCAGUUCUACAGUCUUAGGGAGCAGAUUAAGCUAUGGCUGACCGUCAUACAUUAUUCUGAGGUAUUUGUGGAGCUUGUGGUUAAGAAUAGAUGGGGGAAUAAGGGGAAAUGGACGAUCGCUACGCUACUUCAGCUGUUCAAGUGUUCUUCAGCUCUGAUACUACUCUUAAGGUUCAAGGAGCUUCCCAUUCAGCACCCGCCUGUGGCUGCGCUUCAAAGGAAGAAGUUCACAGAAGAAAAAACAAGUGAAGAUGGUGAGGGCUCAUUUUUCACUUUAAAACGAUCAGGAAGGGUGAUAAGACGCGUCGACGGCGCUCCGCCGGUCGCCUUCAGAGAUUGGCAGCCAGUGAAACUAAAAGAUGAUAACAGCCUUCCAGUUAAUGUCAAGGACUUGGUGUAUGCUGAAUCUCUGCAUAUACUAAAGCCGUUGAUUCAUUUAGCAGCUAUGAGAGUGUUUGGAACCAAAGCGUGGCGGCAGUGGCUCGUGUCGCUAGGCAUCGACUUAGCAAGCUUGAAGCUGUAUAACCGUCACAUGAAAGACUUAACGGCUGACCAGAGGCUGGAGAUUAGCCGCAGGAAACUUGGACUUGUACUAUAUUUAUUACGUAGCCCAAUGUACAAUGGGUAUUCAAAGAAUGUAAUAGAAAGUGUUCUGACAUCGGCGUCAAACAAAGUUCCGUUGAUGGCGUUUAUCUGUGGCCCAGUCAUACAGUAUCUUAACCACUGGCAAGAUAUCUAUUUCUACAUGUGGGCUUCAUAAAUGUACAUAAUAUGUAUCACAUAGCUUGGGUACGGUAACAGCUGUCACUUGAAUACAGUCGCCAUCAGAUAUAUCGGAGCGGCCAAGUUGUUCACAAUAUCUGAACACGCACUCUAACUCCUUGACAAUAGAGGCGUGCUCAGAUAUUUGUGAGCACUUUGGCUGCUCCGAUAUAUCUGAUGGCGACACUACAUAUUUUGCUGAAAUUGCGUUUCAAGAUUAAUUGAAUGGUGAUUACAGCUGUCAUCAUACCCAAGCUAUGUGAAACAUAUUAGAGGAGUAAAAAACAUACUACCAAAGUGUAGUUAGCAAUUUGGUGACAUGGUUUUCUACUUGACUAUUUACAUGUCAUUCUCAGGUAAAAGGUUCCACGCUUGACAAUUAGAAACUUUCAUUAUUAAUUACCUACACAAUACUGCCUUUUUCAAGAGGCGAUCACAAUAUGUUUUAACCUUGUAAGACCCAAGUCAAUUUUUGCGCUUUUGAAUUUGGAACUUUCUCCUAUUUCUAUAAGAGUUCAAAACUCGAAUUUAAUUCGUACUUGUACAAGUACUCGGGGACUUACGAGGGUUAAUGAAACUAAGUGCUAAAUUAAAAUAAGGUUUGUAUAGAGUCAAAACAUUGUUAAGUUAAAUUCUUAUUUAGUAUGACAUGACAAAUUAACAGCAUUGUGACUUCAAAAUUUACUGUUAGUUUCUGUACAUAGGACAUAGGAGAGUAAGAGACAAAAUAUAUUAGCGGCAUUAUUCAUAAACAAGUUACUGGCCUGAAUUAGCUAUGAAUCGUCUGUCUUUAUCUGUCAUUUAACUCGUUUCGAUUUGUGUAUUUGAAACAAAGUGAUAAAACAUAAUUUUAUGAAUAAAGGGGUAUGUAUUUGUGUAUACUCUGUAUCUUUAGGUAUUCAAAUAAAAGUAAACAAAAUCUACCCUCAAAUGGCUCAUUAAGCCAGUUGAAGGUAGAUAAAACAUUACAUGAUCAAAUAAUGUAGGUUAAGGUCAGGUUGUUCAGUGACAGAUCCGGGUGGUUUUGUAUUUGAUUGUUUUGUAUUUGGUUGUUCUGUGGUCUGUGAGUGUGACGGAUUGAUCCGUCUUUGGCGUUGGACCUGGGGUGCGGGUAUAUCCGUCAUUGGCGUCCAAAAGGUUAAUCCCGCGAGUAGGGCAGUGUGUGGCCGGAGCGAGCAACAUCGCGGCAGCGCGAGCAGCAUAGUGUGGCCGUAGUGUAAAAUGGACUAUAUGGGACACAUGGAGGCACAUUAAACAUUUAAUCGCCUCUUUAAAUAAAAAAAAAAUCACUAGCACUAAUGAGCUCCGAGGAGACUUGAACUCACGACCUUCUUCCACGUUUUGGUGCCAAAUUAAGGUUUAAAAUAGCACAAACCAAAAAUACAAAUGUAAAAAAAAUAAUUCCAUAGUUGUAAUACUUUCCAUAUUAGACUUUAUCGACCAGGAUAUAAACCCGGUCGAUAUCAGUCUAGUGAAACUAACCGUGAAUCAUUCAAAACUGUUACUUUCCAUAUUAUUUAAAUUUGUACAAAAAAUAUCAGAGUCGCAAAAUACGUAUUUAAAUUGAUGUUAGUUAACUCAUACAUUAAAUGCCGUUGUAUGAGUUAUUAUUUAUUUAUUAUGGUUUUGGUUGUAGUUAAAAGGUGACUGGUAUCAUUUAAGGUGUAAAUGUGUAUAAUGAUCUAUGUAUGUAAUAAAUAAUAAGACGCGUAAAGUAGUACAACAUAUUGUAGCUGCCAGCUAAAUUCUUUUGUAGCUGGAUUGUCAUUUGCGUCACAUGGUUUUUGAAUAUCGUUUUUUCUUUGCGAGGACUAGGGACACGAAAUCAGUGUUCUAAAAGUAGAUUCGCCCAUCCAUCCAUUAAUUACGUCACACGAAUUUCUAGGUUUUUUGACCGCUCCCCCCUCCUUGUCACACUUGGUCACAUUUUGCAAAUCCCUCCCCACCUGGUGUGACGUCACAUUUUAGGCAAUUUUGUUUUCAACGAAAUCGGCAACACUAACUCGGCAUUAUUUUUUUAAAAGAAAUAUUAGUAAUGUUAUAACACAAACCCAAUUACGAACGAUAAUUACCUACUUCGAAAACCUCAUUAUUUAAAUGUACAGCGAAUAAAAAAAUAUAAAUUAAUUUUCGGUUACUGAUGAAGUUAAAAUGACGUCACAAUGUUUGUGACUCCCUCCUCCCCCAUGUCACAACAUGUCACAUUUUUUGACCCCCUCCCAUCCCCUAAACGUGUGACGUAAUUAAUGGAUGACCCCUAAGCUUUUGAAAAAAAGCGCCGUCUGUAGACAGUUUAGUUGCUAACUCUAUGACUAGAUGACGCCAGUGGCCUUCGAUACCGAAAUCCAGAAUUAAGUACCUAAAAGAAUAGGUAAUUUGGGAUUUUCGGACUGUUAUUUGAGAUUAUCAUGUUAUUGUAUACUUACCUAAAUAUAAGUUCACCCAACCUUUUUUUUUUCAUGGUAAGAACCAAAAAAAUAAACGUAAUGGAAAUAGUAGGUCUACUAUUUGAAUUUCCACUGCGUUUAUUUUUUUGGUUACUAGAAUGCGCCAAAAAUAUGAAAAAUGAGAAAUAGUUCUACUAUUACUCAGUGAUCAUAUCUUUGGCGCUAUAGGCACGACUCCUUUAUAGGUUCUAGGCGUCGGAAGGGUAU